AUGUUCUUUCAUUUAACUCCACUGAAACUGCAUACAAAUAAAACAGUCAAGAUAAAUGUAAAAGACUAAAUGUUUAGUGUAGAAUUGAAAAGUCUGAACAUUGUCAGUGAAUAUGACAUCAAUUAAGUAUUAUAAAAUGAUAUAGUAAAACUAUAAGACAGACUCCAGUCACCUCAUUACGCAGAGCUUACAGUGUUCAUCUAAUAUUGUUAAUGUAUCAUUCUUUAUUGGGAUGACUCGUAUUACACAGUCGUUUUGACAACAUAUGAAUAAAAAUUACAUAAAAAAUAUAAUAACAAAAUUGAGAAAAAAACUUUAUGUUGUGGUUUGAUGCUACAGUCGUUUAAAUGUGGGUACUAGUUUUCUCGUUAAUCUUUCACUCAGUAACCCAUAAUGACAAAGUAAAAGCAGAGUUUUAGAAACGUCUGCCAAUUAAUUUAAAAUAAAUAAAUGUCACAUUAGUAUUUAGACCCAGACUCAGGUCUUGAUCGUUAUUUAGAUGUUUCUACAGCUUGAGUGUAGAUUACUGAAAACGAAUUUUAAAUCUUAGUAUCAGACUACAACAUAACAAAAUACUUUCUAAAUGCAUUGUAUAAUAUAAAGUUUCUAAUUGUAUUUUAUUAAUUUUAUUGUCCUGUUUGUAAAGAAAUAAAAGAAGAAAUUUACUGUUGUGUCAAGAAAAUCUUUAGAAGACAUCCGCAUAAUAAUCAUCAGAAAUUGAUUUAUUGUGCUGCUGAACGCAGAUCAGUGUUUUACAGAAGAGCUAAGAGAUUAAUUGGGGGAAAUGUUCCCAUUAUUUACAGAUAAACCUGAUAUUUCCUUUAUGAAUUACAUCUAAAACUUUUGAUAGAUCAGAGAUAGCAUACAGUCUGUUGUGCAUGUUUGCUGAAAAUUAUUGAAUGUAUAAUCUUAUGUAUAUUUUUUUCUUUAUGACCAAAAACAAAUUAAUAAAGAGCUGAUUUUUUAUUUUAAAAAGUUUUUAAUAUGUAGGUCUACCUAAGACGACGUAUUUGGAAAAUCCAGAUUCUUGUUGACGUUAUGCAUUUUUUUUUUUUUUUUUUUUGCGUUAAGCUGCACCUAAAAAGAGAUAUAUAUUUAUAAAGUUAGAUAAACAAAUAGAUAUCAGUUAUGAUGCAGUUGUGACAAAACUGAUAACAGAAACACAUCUCUCUCUCUCUCUCUCUCUCUCUCUCUCUCUCUCUCUCUCUCUCUCUCUCUCUCUCUCUCUCUCUCUCUCUCUCUCUCUCUCUCUCUCUCUCUCCUCUUGAAGUAUUUUGUAUUUCAUCGUUUACUUUUAGUCCGUCCUUCACUCUCACAGAGAUCAUUUAUGAUUCAUUGCUGUUUUGAUUUGUUUUAUGUUCACACUGGAUUCAUUUAUUCGGACUUUAAGUUGUUUGUUACCGAUGGAGGGGAAAAAGCAAGAACUGAAAGAUUCUCCGUUUUCCAUCAAGAAUUUGCUGAACACGCCCGACAAACCCAAACCCGUCCGGAGCGUUCACAUGAAUCUGUCUCUCUCCAGAGUUCCCGAUCUCAGUUUCCUGAGGUUCGGCUCCUGGUGUCGCCCGCCGGGACACCCGAACACACCCUCAGAUCGGAUCAGACACUCGACAGAAGCCCUGAAAUCAGAACCGGAUGAUCCGGACCCUAAAGAAGAUGAAGAUGAGGAGGAGGAGAGCGAUACAGACGAGCAGAAGAGAGAAGAAAUCAUCUCAGAGAAGAAACUCUGUCGAAAGAAAAAGACCAGAACCGUGUUCUCGCGCUCUCAGGUGUUUCAGCUCGAGUCCACCUUUGACAUGAAACGGUACCUGAGCAGUUCGGAACGGGCCGGGCUCGCCGCUUCGCUCCAUCUUACCGAGACUCAGGUGAAAAUCUGGUUCCAGAACCGGCGGAAUAAAUGGAAGAGACAGAUCGCCGCGGAGCUCGAGGCCGCGAACCUCACUCACACGCAGAGAAUCGUGCGCGUGCCCAUCUUAUAUCACGAGCACGUGGAGACCUCGCGAGCUGCGGGUCUGGGGCUCACGCACGCACUUUAUUACCCGCAGCAUCCGUUGAUCAGACCGGUCUGAUGAGUCUGCAGGCUUAUUAGUGCUUGAAGAUCUGGGCUGGGCUGGCCGCUCAAAGCUUCUGGGUUCAGAUUUUGACAGUCGCUGUUGUGAAGCUUAAUUUUGUUAACUCCUCCAAAAGCUCUUGUAGUUAUAAAUCACUUUUGAUCGAGAACUUUUAACUAGCUUCAGUCAAACCUGAACCCACAGACAUUUACUUCUCGUUUCAGUUGACCUCCACGAGCAGCACAGACCCCUUUGAUUUUUUUAAGUUGUCAGCUAUUUAUAUUAUUAUUAAUUAUCAUAAUUUAAGUCCAGUUGUUCUAAAAUCACCCAAUUUCUUUGUUGUAUAUUUUUAAUAAACAGUUUAUUGUGUCAGUAAAUGAAUUGAUAUUCUGUUUGUUGUUCUGUGGUUUCGUCUGUUUUCUUUCACAUGGUUGUGAAAAUGUUUUUUAAAACAAUGUGAGCAAUUGUAAGGUGCAUGUAGAAAAUUUAAUAUUGUACUACUGAAAUCAUUUCUCAGUCUGAAUGUUUACAUAUAUAUAAUAAAUGUUCUGUUGUCUGAAAUGAUGAAUUAUGGAUGAAAUUUCUAAUAAAGUACCGACUGAGCACUUUUGGUAAUAUUGUGUUUUACAUUU